CGAAAUUCCAUUCCCCAGUCCCUGCACCCAAACACCCUCCGUUUCUUUUUCCUCAAAAACCCUAGCUUUAUUGGUCACACUAUAUAUGAUUCUCUUUCGCUGUCCGUUCUACGUCUAUCUCCGCAAGUAGCUUCUGCGAUUCGGUCCUCUCAGAUCCCUCGAGAGUUGAAAUCAACUCCUAGAUAUUAUGGCGCCAAAGAAGGAGAAGGCUCCUCCUCCAUCAUCGAAGCCUGCCAAGUCUGGUGGAGGCAAGCAGAAGAAGAAGAAAUGGAGCAAGGGUAAACAAAAGGAGAAGGUGAACAAUAUGGUUCUGUUCGAUCAGGCAACUUACGACAAGCUGCUUUCUGAAGCUCCCAAGUACAAGCUUAUAACACCAUCAAUCUUGUCUGAUCGUUUGAGGAUUAGUGGAUCUCUAGCACGCAGAGCAAUUAAGGAUUUGAUGGCAAGGGGUUCAAUUAGGAUGAUCUCUGCUCACUCCAGUCAGCAGAUCUAUACGAGGGCCACUAAUACUUAAUUGCCUGGAUUUUUCGCUCUAUGGAGAGCUAGUUUUGGUCCCUUUGCUGCCCACCAGUUGCAAGUUUUAUUGGAGAGAAGAAGCUUUUAUUGUCAUUUUUAGUUGAAUAUUAACAUUUUCCGUGUCUUGUUGAAUCAUGUUCUUGAACCCGACGUUGAAUGUUGUUUUGUUGCGGCGAUAAAAGAACCUACGUUAUUAAUUCA